GGAUCUGCGAAGGCACUCUGGCUCGUUGCUACUCUUAUUUCCGAACGCGACCUGUCAGGAAGUGCACACUCUUGAAAUUGCAAUCCAUUUACCAAGCGGCGCCCUUGCCUGCCUUUGAGGUCAUAUGGGGUGCUCGUCAAGAUUCAUUCAGUCUGGCGUGCCUACCCGACUCGGCGAUGGCCGUCGUCCGACGAUGGUGGGCAGUUCUUUCUUUUAAACCUGCUCAUGUUGCCUGAAAGAAAGAAAGAAAGAAAGAAAGAAAGAAAAGGAAAAAGGUUCAGCGGGCGCUGUGCGCACGAGCCACCUGACGUUGGGGGAUCCACGAGCUUGCUUUAUGAACAAAGAGAAGAGCCGCUGGCAGCAGCGGCCUUUAGGCACGCUUCGCUGAUCGCGGGAUUGAUGCAUUUUGAUGAUGACGACGACGUUACGGCAGUAACGGUGAUGGAAUGGCAAGUCUCGAUUGCACACGACAUCCUCCAGGCGCACGCCCAUCUUUCCUUUCUUCACGGGGCCUUCCUUUGCUUCCAUAAAGGAUCGUUGAGCCUCAAGCACGCCCACACCGCCGUCUUGUCAUACACGCUUCUGCUGGUGCUGCCGCUGUCGCUGUUGUGUCCUCGUUUGCUUUCGACGAUCAAGCCAGGCAUUUCUGCGCGCACAAGCAGCAUCAAAAAAUCUUGCCUAAUCACUUCUCAGUUCACCCCGGCGCGCAGCUCUUUGCACAGCAAGCCCAGGUAAGCAUAUCCACUCUUUAGGUCAUUGUACAUCAGCGAAUUAGUCAAGAUGCCGCGCACAGCCGAGACCGCGUCGUACCGCUUCAACCACACCAUGAUCCGUGUGAAGGACCCCAAGGCGUCUCUGCACUUCUAUUGCGACAUCCUUGGCG